GAGGAAUCCAAGAUGAACUUGGAACAGGAGAGGCCGUUCGUCUGCAGCGCUCCAGGCUGCUCACAGCGGUUCCCGACCGAGGAUCAUCUGAUGAUUCAUAGACACAAGCAUGAAAUGACUUUGAAGUUUCCCUCAAUAAAAACAGACAGUUUGUUAUCAGAUCAGACCCCAACACCCACUAGAUUCCUGAAGAACUGCGAGGAGGUGGGCCUCUUCAAUGACAUCGACUGCUCCCUUGAGCACGAGUUUCGGAAGGCCCAGGAAGAAGAGACCAGUAAGAGGACUAUCCCAAUGCACAAUGCAGUUGGUGGAGCGAUGCCAGGGCCUCAUCAACUGGGCACCACACGGAUGCCCAACCACGACACCAGCGUUGUGAUUCAGCAAGCCAUGCCCUCCCCCCAAUCCAGCUCUGUGAUCACGCAGGCACCUUCCACAAACCGUCAGAUCGGGCCUGUCCCAGGCUCUCUAUCGUCACUACUGCACCUUCACAACAGACAGAGACAGCCCAUGCCAGCCUCUAUGCCCGGAACCCUGCCGAACCCUACCAUGCCCGGCUCUUCAGCAGUCCUGAUGCCGAUGGAGAGGCAGAUGUCCGUGAACUCCAACAUCAUGGGGAUGCAGGGCCCGAACCUCAAUAAUCCCUGUGCGUCUCCCCAGGUCCAGCCGAUGCAUUCAGAGGCCAAGAUGAGGCUGAAGGCAGCUCUGACUCACCACCCCGCGGCCAUGUCCAAUGGAAACAUGAACAGCAUGGGACACAUGAUGGAAAUGAUGGGCUCUCGCCAGGACCAGACGCCGCACCAUCACCUGCACUCGCACCCACAUCAGCACCAGACGCUGCCGCCCCAUCACCCAUACCCGCACCAACACCAGCACCAGCACCCUGCCCACCACCCUCAUCCACAAGCCCAUCACCAGCAGAACCACCCGCAUCAUCACUCCCACCUCCAUGCACACCCGGCACACCACCAGACCUCGCCACACCCUCCCCUGCACACGGGCGGCCAAGCACAGGUUUCACCAGCGACGCAGCAGAUGCAGCCCACCCAGACGAUACAGCCGCCCCAGCCAACUGGGGGGCGUCGGCGAAGGGUGGUGGAUGAGGACCCAGACGAGAGGCGGAGGAAGUUUCUGGAAAGGAACCGAGCGGCUGCCACCCGCUGUAGACAGAAGAGGAAGGUCUGGGUGAUGUCAUUGGAAAAAAAAGCGGAAGAACUCACCCAGACAAACAUGCAGCUUCAGAAUGAAGUUUCCAUGUUGAAAAAUGAGGUAGCCCAGCUGAAACAGUUGCUGUUAACACAUAAAGACUGCCCAAUAACUGCCAUGCAGAAAGAGUCACAAGGCUAUCUAAGUCCCGAGAGCAGCCCUCCGGCCAGCCCUGUCCCAGCUUGCUCCCAGCAGCAGGUCAUUCAACACAAUACCAUCACCACAUCCUCAUCGGUCAGCGAGGUCGUCGGAAGCUCCACUCUCAGCCAGCUCGCCUCUCACAGAACAGACCUGAACCCCAUCCUUUAAGACUCCUGGCUUUCCCGUUGCUCCAGAGACAAGCAGUGUCAGCCUCUUCGAGAGCAUCCUUUUUCCGCUAAGGGCAUUUUUAGAAUUAACUCAAACCUGGAAAACUCCUCAAGCCCUUCCAAGACUGGCUUUCAUUCAUUUUUAUAGUUAUUAUUGAAACGUGUCUUUUAUACUUAGUUAUAAAAAAGGGAGUUAUGCAAUUAAUAUGCUAUCUGCUUGGGAAACACUUUGGUGCUUUCUUCAACUUUCUGGUACCAGUUAUUCAUUGAUAAACUGACCUCUUUCUGUACAUAGUCGUGGCUUCAGUCUAACCCCAAGACCUCAGAUCAAGAAAGUGGGUCAACUCCAACAUUGGGCCCAAUGGAAUAAUCCACUGAAAUUCCUAUCGAGGUAACUGG